GCUCCACCACUUCCUGUGAAAAUACAACAAAACACUUCUACUUCCCAUGCUCUGACAAGUCCGAUUCGCGCGUUUGCUCUGCUCAUUUCGCCUCUAAGUUCACAAAAAGCUUCCCCUCCGGCGUGGUUUGUGUGGCCGAUCGUCGCCAUGUUGUGACGGGACGGACGGACAUUUUCAUUUUACUCGCGUCCAUGGUGUCCCUCAUGGAGGCAUCCACCAAGCCGGGCAGCAACCAGGUGGCUGAUGUGGUCUUUGUCAUUGAGGGCACAGCCAACUUGGGCCCAUACUUUGAAUCCCUCAGGAAGAAUUAUGUACUUCCAGCGAUUGAGUAUUUCAAUGGAGGACCACCAGCGGAAACAGACUUUGGAGGCGAUUACGGAGGGACUCAGUACGGCCUGGUGGUGUUCAACACAGUGGACUGCGCCCCCGAAUCGUACGUCCAGUGUCACGCUCCCACCAGCUCCGCCUUCGAGUUUGUCUCCUGGAUCGACAGCAUCCAAUUCAUGGGUGGAGGAGCGGAAAGCUGUAGUCUGAUUGCCGAAGGCCUCUCAGUAGCCUUGCAGCUCUUUGAUGACUUCAAGAAGAUGCGGGAACAAAUCGGUCAGACACACAAGGUGUGCGUCCUGCUGUGUAACUCUCCGCCGUACUUGCUUCCUGCCGUGGAAAGCGUCAGCUACACAGGCUGCACCGCUGACAACCUGGUCAAAAUCAUCAGAGAUAGAGGAAUCCACUUCUCAGUGGUGGCACCGAGGAAGCUGCCCGCCCUGAGAGCUCUGUUUGAGCGGGCGUCUCCAGUAGGGGGCGUCAUAGAGCCCCAUCAAGACUGCAGCCAAGAUAUGGUGCUGGUCAGGGGCAUCUCACUGCCUGUGUCAUCAGCCGGUGGUCCCGGGCCCCUGAAGCCUGUUCUGCCGCCUCAGCCGCUGGCAGUCAAUCAGCCUCUGGUUGGAGGCCCGCAGGCUCCUCCCCCCAUGAGCGCUGCGCAUCCGUAUCAGAAUCCACCCACCAUGAGUGCUGCUCAGGUGGCUGCACAGAUGGUUGUGGAGGCAGCCAAAGGCCAGAAGAAUCGAUUCGCGGGGAUGGUCAGUGCAGGCCCGCCAUUUGCUGGCCAGCCGUCCAUGCCGUCGCUGUCGGGGGUGAAGCUCAACCAGCCCAACAUCGCCUCCGUCACCACGGCCGCUCAGUCCAUGAUGCCGCAACAGCCGGGCGCCCCCAACCAGCAGCAGCAAGCGUUGCCGCCGCCCGGCCAGCCGCCGCCCAAUCAGCAGCCUCAGCCGCCCACUCAGCAGCAGCCGGCGCCCAACCAGUCGGGCCCGCCCAACGUGCAGCCCAACAUGCCGGGUGUGCAGGCACCGCAAGGGAACCCCAAUCCGAUGGGGCAGCAACAGGGGAUGGCCAACAAGAUUGUGGCGUGGAGCGGCGUGCUCGAGUGGCAGGAGAAACCCAAAGCCUCGUCCAUGGAUUCCGCCACCAAUCUGACACGGUCCCUGCCGUGUCAAGUGCAGGUUAACCAGGGAGAGAACCUGAACACGGACCAAUGGCCGCAAAAGCUCAUCAUGCAGCUGAUCCCACAACAGCUUUUGACGACGUUGGGUCCCUUGUUCAGGAACUCUCGAAUGGUUCAGUUUCUCUUCACCAACAAGGACAUGGAGUCGCUCAAAGGCCUGUACCGCAUUAUGGCCAACGGUUUUGCUGGGUGCGUCCACUUCCCGCACACCACGUCACCGUGCGAGGUGCGCGUCCUCAUGCUGCUCUACUCGUCCAAGAAGCGCAUCUUUAUGGGCCUCAUCCCCAAUGACCAGAGCGGCUUCGUUAACGGCAUCCGGCAGGUCAUCACCAACCACAAGCAGAUCCAGAGUCACCGUGCGUUGGGCGGCGGCGGUCCGAUGCAGCCCGGUCAAGUACCCCCCAACCAGAACUUCCUCAACCGGCCCCCCGGUCCCAUCCCUGUCUCCCUUGGCAAUGUGCAGCAGCAGUCGGUGGUGGUGGGCAUGCCCCCGGUUAGUCAGGUCACUAUGAUGGAGGAGCAGCAGAGGCAGAACAACAUGAUGAGUAUGAGAGCCGCCGGGCCAAACAGCCAGCAGCCGCCCGUCAGCGGGGCGCCACCCAAUCAGGUGACGCAGGGCGGGCAGGCUCCGCCCCAGGGUCCCAUCCUACGCUUGGCCAACCCGGGGGCCAACCCGCAACUGCGCAGCCUACUCCUUAGCCAACAGCAGCCGCAGGGGGGCGUGUCCCACAUGGCCGGGAUGAUGUCGCACCAGGGACUCGGCCAGCAGAUGGUCCACUCGGCGCCAGGAGCGGGUGCUCAAAUGCAGGCGCAGUGGAGGCAGCCUAUGCCAGGCCAGAUGCUGAUGUCUGGAGCUCAGCGCGGGGCCGUACCCCAACCCGGGAUGCCCCAAGUCUCUGGCGUUAUGGAGGAUGAUAUCCCCAUGGACCUCAUUUAAGGGAUCUUCAGGAGCGGGUGGAAUCCUGGACUUAUUUGGCGCUUUUUGGACUAUUGUGUAUUUGUAUUUUUUUUCAUACCUUGGACAUAGGUUCAGCCCAGAUGAUGAGAAAGACUGUGUGUGAAGCUAACAUUGGUUUGCUUAGAUCACACACAUGCACGCAUACGAGAAGUAGUACCAACGCUUCAGUACACAUGGCUACGUGUUUAACAAUUAAUUUCAUAAAAUAAACACAGUUCGCUGUGUGA